AUGUAUUCAACGACGACAACGACAAUCACGCUUUACGCGUUCAUCACUCUGACUUCUCUCUUAUCUGUGAAUGCGGCUGGACCUCAUAACAGAUUCGGUGCUCAUAGAAGACAUCACGCAAGAGCUGCUGCUUCCUCUCAGAGUAACCCUACAUCAGCUGGUCCUGAGUCUAGUUCUCCACCUAUAAUAGAGAAAAGAGAAGAAUGUACUUUAGGCAAUUGGAAAUGCUUUGGAACGGAAUUACAACGAUGUUACAACGAUCAAUGGAAUUUCGUACAAAACUGUACUGGUACAGACAUAAUCUGCUCUGAUGGUCUGUUCACCACAGGAUGCGUUUGGACAUGGUCUGUAGAUCAGAACGAUGACGCCAACGAAUCCGCCACUUCUUCACCUCCUUUCAUAGCUUCCAUAACAACGCCAGUAACUGCGACAUCUUCAGCGAGGUCAGCUUCGACAGAAGUAGCAUCAAUAACGAACGUCAAUCUUGCCGCUCAACCUUCUGCCACCGAAGGAGCGGAUGACGAAGAUGAAGAAUGCGAUGAUGACGAUGACGACCAAGACGAGACUGAGGCUGACGAAGAUGAAGACGACGAGGAUCUACCGUACUGUGAUGAGAUAGACGAUGAUGAUAGUACUUAUACAUCCGCAACUUCAGCCACUCCCGUUGUCGUUACUGCUCCCACUACUACUGCCGUUGCCGCCGCUGCGCCUACCGCUUCUGCCGCUGGAGGUGCCUUGUACGUUGAAGGCGAUGCAGGGAAUGACAACGAUGACGACGACGACGAUUGGGAGGAAUGUGACGAAGACGAUGACGAUUCUGGGGAUAGCUCGCUUGUCUCUGCCACUGCAACUACUUCAGCUACUGCUACAACUUCCGUCAUCGGCGGUCAGCUUUGGGCUGGAGACGGCGAUGAUCAAGCAUCUUCCACAACAACCGAUUGGUACUCAUGGGGAAACCAAGCUAGUUCUACUAGUCAAGAUUGGAAUAGCUGGGAUCAAACGACUGCAACUGCUACUUCUAGUCAUCAUGGUCACGGGAAAGGACACAAAUCUUCAUCUUCUGCUUGGGCCGCUUCUACCUCUUCAUCAUGGGAAGAUGGUAGUGAUUCUGCGUCGAUCACAAUUUCGUCCCCUGCAUCUGGAUCUGCAUCAUCUAGCGACGACUUACCCGCUUCCACUACUACUUCUAACGCUUGGGAUGACUGGUCAGGCGAUGCCACCGCUUCUGCAUCAACGUCAUGGGGUCAAGAAUCUGCAUCCAUCUCAUCUUCCGGCAAAGGUGGUAAAGGCUCUGCAACUGUCAGUGCGACUGAGUCUGCUUAUUCCUCCAAGGCAUCAAGCGUCAGCAAUCACACUACCUCCUCGUCUUCAGGAUCAUACAGCAAUGCACCUCAUUAUGUGAUUUACGCGGAUGAAUGGUUAUACGAAAUGCCUUCUGUCGACGUCCUAUCCAACUUCAACCGAUUCAUUCUAGCUUUCUGGAUGACUGAUCGAGGCGCUGUUGAUAACGCUCAAUUCUGGGAACAACUGGAUUCUACAACUAGACAGGAAGUUAUCACAGAGUACCACAAUGCUGGCAUCGCCUUGAUGGUGUCUGCCUUUGGAUCUACCGAUUCUCCAACUAGCAACGGAGCAGACCCUACUGAGACAGCUCAGCAAUUGGCCCAAUGGGUUAAAGACUAUGGCUUGGAUGGUGUGGAUAUCGACUACGAAGAUAUGCCCGCAAUGAACUCUGCUAAAGCUGUAGCAUGGCUCGUCACUUUCCAACGAGAAUUACGAAAACAACUUCCUUCACCAUACGUAAUCUCCCACGCUCCUGUCGCCCCAUGGUUCACUUCUGCGGAUGAUUAUUCCGAUGGUGCUUAUGUCGCAAUUCACGAACAAACUGGAGAUGGAAUUGAUUUCUACAAUAUCCAAUUCUACAAUCAAGGUACUGGAGUUUACGAGAACUGUCAAACCCUUCUCUUCGACUCUGGAAACGAUUGGCCAUCAACUUCAGUCUUCGAGAUUCACUCUUCUGCGGGAUUACCUUUAGACAAGAUCGUCAUCGGUAAACCAUUGGACGAAGGUGCUGCUGCUAAUGGCUUUGUCGAUCCCACCGUUCUUCACAAAUGUGUCACUCAGGCUAAAGCUAAAGGCUGGAACGCUGGUGUCAUGUUCUGGGAGUGGACCACUUCCGCUCCAUCGAUCAUGGGUACAGUGCGAGGAUCCACUUGA